AGAAAAACUGUAAUCUGAUGAUUAACCGGCCCUCUUCACUGAUCACUUUGGAAACUCCGGAGAGUUCUUUUGCUCAGCCGGUGCAGCUCGAGCUUCACUUCAGGCCCUUUUAUCGCACGGGAGCACGAGUCCAGUUGGCUGAUGAACCUAACUUCAAUUAGGCGGGAGCGCGCACCUUAUUAAUCCAUCUGCCGGCAUCUCUAGUGUUUGGGGAAACCGGUAGAGCAUGCGUUUAGCGCUAAAACACCGUACAAGGGAGGGAGCGGGAGGAUGAGAGGGAGAGGAUGAGAGGAGAGAGAGAGAGAGAGAGAGAGAUGGGUGGGGGUUGGGUGGUAAUGUGCGAGUUGUAGCGAAUGGUCUCUCGCUUCAAUGUUGCGGGCAGUGUGGUGAUAGAGCGCUAGAGCACUGGAGAGAGUCGGGUCGCAUGAACCACCGGGGUUCCCAUAGCGCGGGGACAAGCAGCCACGUUACACUCAGAGGCGGAUGGACGGAAAGAUAGGCAAGUGAGCCUCAAACCACAAGCGCCACGGAGGGGCUGCUUACUAUGUGCUCCUUAGUGCGUCGUUCCGUUGCCUUAUUUAUUUCUUUAUUUCUCUAUCGACUGAUUGCGUUUUAAUUACCUUGCCUUGUGGUAGAGCGCGGGGGAGGAGGGGCAAAUGCUGCGAGGAGAGGCAGCGUUGGCUUGUUUAUUUAUCUCUAAUAUAGAUUUAGCGACUCGAUGUAAUCACCUGCUGCCAUUCAUUGCCGCCGAUUCUCUGAAUGCGGGAGAGGAUGCUGCCCACGGGGACAGCGAGCUAUAUAGUGUUUACAGCUGCACACCAAAUGAAUGAACCAAAUAUUUAGUCAACUUUUCAUUAAACGAACUCGCUCUACCACAGGCCUUUACUGAUGCUGUUUUUUUUUACCGAGUCAUAUACUGUUAAGCGCGAGAGCGAUAGUUUUAUAUUGAAGUGAAAUACCAAAGCCUCCGGCAGGCGAGGUCGCAAGGGGCCGGACACUCUCUGCUGUCUGUACACUAAAGGGAGCGAGAACAAACAUGAGGCAUAUAUUUACAGGCACCAAACGUGUAGGAGUAGUAGUAGUAGUAGUAAUAAAAUUAUUAUUAUUAUAAGCUUAAUAGUGUUGGUAAUGGUGACAUUCCGUCCAUCCGUCUGUGUGUGUCUGUGUGUGUUUGAGGUGUGAAGCUACCAGAGCAGCCAAGGGACAGUGCGCGUGUGUAUUCUAUGCAUAUACUUACCAAAAAAUCUAACCGACCAAAUAGACACUUAAUGCGUCUGACAGAAAACUAAAAAACUACAAGACAAGACAAGCCGCCACAACUGAAUGUGUUCCGAGCUAACGAUACCAAAUAAGUUGCGUUCCAAACGCAGUCUACCUGGCUGGACCGAGGGGAAACGGAAGAGUACCGGGGAACCGUGCUGCUGCGAUUAUUAGUGCCACCCGAAAGCAUCCACCGUCACCGAACAAGACCGAGCAGAAGACGGGGGAUUAUGUUCGUCCCCCUGCCGGUGCCGCUCGUGUUCCAGAGGGCUGCAUCCGAUCUCAGCGCCUGGCGCCUCAAGUCUCCGCCAGCCUCGCGCUCCAGUCCCGACUUCAGGAUGUCCAAGUCUGUAGAGGAUGAGAAUAAAAUAGUUGAUUCUCCAGUGGAGAGCACAGACUUGGACCGCAAUGGUCACGACACAAAUAAUCAGGUUCAGGCAAUGAAAAUCAAUCCACUCUCCCACUCCCCACCACAGGGUAAGAUGGAGGAGUGUGUGUCUUUAGUGGCCCCCACUCAGAUGCCCCGCCCUCACACACAACUCAUGCUGACGGGCAGCCAGCUAGCAGGGUUGGCCGCUCUUCUCCCUGCGCAGCAGCAGUUGUUGUUGCAGCAGGUUCAGGUUCAGGCUCAGCUCCUGGCAGCUCAUGCCCACGCAGCCGCAGCAGCCAAUCAGCAGCCGACUCAGACAAAGCAGGGCCAAUCACAGAGCACACAGGCACAGACCCCGCCCCCUGUCGCGCCCCCUCCACCCCAGCUUGCACUCUCUCAACCAAUCCAACUCACAGCCCAGGAUGUUCAGCAGUUGUUUCAGCUACAGCAGCUGCUUCUGGUACCAGGACACCACCUUCCUCAAGGUCUGUUGUCUACACAAAAUCUGAUUUCGCUACCUCAGCAAAGCCCAGGGAGCCUGCUGACUCUCUCCCCGGAUGGGAACCUCCCAGCCCCUCAGAGGGAGAGGACAGCAGAUAACCUGGUGACCCCUGUGACCCCGGUGACCUCUCACCAUGAGGAGCCUGGAGACUUGGAGGAGCUGGAACAGUUUGCCCGCACCUUCAAACAACGCCGGAUUAAACUAGGCUUCACACAGGGUGAUGUGGGGCUGGCGAUGGGGAAGCUGUAUGGAAAUGACUUCAGCCAGACGACCAUUUCCCGCUUUGAGGCGCUCAACCUGAGCUUCAAAAACAUGUGCAAACUCAAACCUCUACUGGAGAAAUGGCUCAACGAUACCGAGAACAUGUCUCUGGACAGCACAUACACACACACACUGCCCAGUCCAGGCUCCCUGGCCUCUCCAUCUCUGGGUCUCGAGGGUCUCCCUGGCCGCCGCCGCAAGAAGCGCACGAGCAUCGAAACCAACAUCCGCGUAGCCCUUGAGCGGAGCUUCAUUACGAACCAAAAGCCGGCGUCGGAGGAGAUCCUGCAGAUUGCGGAGCAGCUGAACAUGGAGAAGGAGGUGGUGCGCGUCUGGUUCUGCAACCGGAGACAGAAGGAGAAACGCGUCAGCCCCUCCAGUGCCACGUCCCCUCUGCCCGGCCACGCCCCCAACGCCACCACACACAAACUCCCCUGCUACAGCCCACUCAUGAUGACCACUCAAGGACUCACCCAACCUCCUACCAGUCUCAGCUCAACAGUGACCUCUCUGCCCUCUAUUUGCCCUUUGACUCCCAGUGGACCACCACCUCUAAGCCCCGCCCAGUCUCCUGUUGGUCCGCCUCCUCGUAGCACAGCCAGCCCCGCCCCUCUGACCCACAGCACACUGAGUCUCAACACAGGCCUGUGGCGUUUGGGCAAAAAGAAUGGUUACAGUUCACACAGCAGCAGUGAUUUGAGGAACACUGUGAUGGGAGUUAACACAGGGAUGAAUCAUUCUCUCCUCAGCAACAACCCACUGGCCACCAUACAAGCUCUUGCAACCAGUGGUGGUCAACUUCCCAAUACCAGUCCUGAGGACAGGACUAACAUUUUGAUUGGCGGCUCUGGGACUCAGGGGGCAGGCUUUCCCUCUUCUCUGUUCCUUAACCAUUCUACCCUGUUGCCCAUGGCAGCAAAUCCUGGCCUGCGAUUGGCCAGUCCUGCUGCCAGCAAAGCUGCCAAAAACUCCUAUCUCAGUGCAAGGGGAAUUACCCCCACCCCCUGUUCCCCUGCUUCUUCCUGUUCAAGCCCCGCCUCUUCCUGCUGCUCUGCUGAAGUGCUGUACAGCCCUCUCUCUCUGAGUGGAGCCAAGAUUGAGUGACAACCUCAUCUGACCAAUUACUGGACAGGAGUGCUCGAUGGAAAGGGGAGCACAGGAGAUGCAAACCCCACCUUCUAACCAAAGCUCUCUCUCUCUCCAUGUCCUGGUGCCACACACGCACGCACACACAUACACACACACACACACACACACACACACACACACACACACAUACAGGCUGGAUGAGAAGGGGGGGAGAGAGACCAGACCAAACUGCUGCUCAAAUGGAGGCUGUGUGUGCCUGCAGUACCAGUGGUGGGCAGCAGGGGGCCAUGCAGCGCUGCUCAAAGAGCUGGAGCCAAAAAGGACAAACUGAAACUUUAAUUAAUGCAUGUGUGUGUGCGUGUGUGUGUGUGUGCGUGCGUGCUUGCGUGCAUGCGUGUGAGCUGCUGUGCAAGAGAAAAACAGAGGCAUGUGUGUGUGUGUCUCUUUGAAAACUUUUCUUUUUUCCCUAAGUGUAUGGUCUCCUGGGAAACCACCGAAACCAAAAACUCAAGGAGAGGAAAGACGAGGAGACGAUCAUGCACACACUCACACACACACAUACAGACUAAGAAUGACUGCUGCAGGCAUGCACACACACACACACACACACCAAACCAAAUACCAAAACCAAACCAAAUACCAAAUACCAAAACCAAACCAAAUACUUAAACCAAAUACCAAAUACACAGAGACAUAGCUUUAUUCAAAGGACCCGUUCCCAAGGUUCUCAUCCAGGGCCACACACAUUCAUAGACACACAGACACACAGACACACACAGAGACACACACACACACACACACACACUCAUAGACAAACACACACCACACAUAGACACACACACACACACACACACACACACACACACACACACACACUCACACACACACACACCACACAUACACAUACACCACUCACAGACAUACACACAGACACACAUGUACAUACACACACAUGGCAUGUGGAUUGUGGAACAUGUUCCGAAGUGUUCCUCUGCUGUUGUCCUGCUAGAACCCUGUCUGUGUGCUUAGGUCUGUCUCUUUGUGUCCACUCAUGUGCCUAACAUGUCUGUGCACACACACAUACAAACACAUAACUGCUGCAUCAUCAUCAUCAUCAUCAUCUUCAUCAGCGUCCUUCAUCCACACGCAGGCAGGGGAUGUGUGUGUGUUUGUGUGUGUGUGUGUGUUUUGCGUGUUAAAGGGUAAUGGAAAAGUGUACUCCAAGAGCUGUGUAGAUGAUGUCCAUCUAUUGGUGGAGUGUGUGUGUGUGUGUGUGUGGACAGAUUGGGUUGUGUGUAUAGAUCGGGGGGAGUGUGUGUGUGGACAGAUUGGGUUGUGUGUAUGUGUGUAUAGAUCGGGGAGAGUGUGUGUUUGUCAAAGAUGCUCUUUAUGUUCCAUUCAUCACCUGCCACACACACACACGGAAGACAGGAUAGAGAGAUAUAUGGACGGAGGAAUGGAGCGUAUCCCUCCUGCUCUCCUCCUCGCUCUCGUGUGUGAGUGGCUCUGGACGGGCAGACUCCACUCCUGCAGACAUGUGUCUGUGUUUGUUUAUGUGUUUGUUUGUUUGUUUGCACGUUGUUGGUUGCUAAGCGAUGUUCUGUGCUAUGAGUGGAUUUUCUCAGAUGACGAAGCUGUCAGAGAGAUGCACACAAGAGGCACAGAACAGGUUUAUGAUGCGCACACACACACGCACACAAACGCAUGCACGUGCGCACACACACACACACACACACACAUGCACACACGCACAGUCACACACACACGCGCGCGCGCGCACACGCACGCACACACACACACUCACACGUACACACACACACACACACAGCUCAGACAUCAAGACAUAUACACAUGCCCUUACAUACAAUCAAGAACACACCCAUUCAAUGAUAGUUUCUAUUGGCUGCCCCCCAGACUGUGUGGCCAUACUGGUGGGUGUGUCUGUUCCCACUGGCUAAGUUUUCUAAGUGAGCUGGAUUAGCCCUAAGCUGGUUCUACCCGGUUCUAAGACAGAUGGGCUGGAUGAUUUGUUCCUGGUCCACUCCAGUGGUCACAACGCUCUGGUUCUGGACGGAAUGUAUCUCUGUAUUAGUGGUUCUGUAGAAAACAAUCUUUAUUCCACUGCAUACAUGUUGCUACUCAAGAACACCAAAAGGACAAAAAAAAACUGAAAAAUUAAAAAAUGUCAGUGAUGAUGACUUAAAUUUAGACCAAAUAUUUCCUAAACUAUCUCUCUAGGUUUUGUAUUCUCUUUAUGUUGCCUUUUUGGUUUAUAGUUGUAUAUUUAUCUGUGCUCUGGAGCGGGUUGUGUGUGUGUGUGUGUUUAUGAUUAUGUGUUAGAUGCUGUUUCACGGGGGGCGGGUCUAUCUUUAGGGAAAUAGAACCCAACCUGUGCCAAGGUGACCUGCAAACCAAAUAAUAAACAAAUGUAACCAUUGGUCCUGCUCAACCAAUGAUAGGAGAGGGUGGGACCAUGGGUGGGGCAGCACUGUGUUCGCCCGUCAGUGAUUGGCCACAGAGCUCAACACUCAAAGAGAGCAGUGCUGCUACCCCCUCCACACUCUGAAAGCUUUAAACAGCUAUGAACCAAAAACAAGGAGCAGAGAAAAGAGGAGAGAAGAGGAGCUGCCUCUCACCUUCUCUCUCCUUCGCUCUCUCAUCCUCUCUCUUCCCUCUCUCUUUCACUCUCCUUCUCUCGUGUUCUCUCAUCUGUAGUUUUUUCUUGUGAAUGUGUGUGUUGGUGUUGUGAGUUCUACUGAUGAAGAGAUAGCUCAUUGUAUACCUCAUAUUCUUAAUGAUAAACCAAAUAGACCAAUGUGUUAAAUACACACACAGGGCAAAGGGCAGGAUUGCAGGUUUGGCUACUCUGUCGUCAUAGCAACAUUUUCCUGUUGCCCCUGACAUGGGCUACAAGUGGAGCAGUCCACUUCCCUUGGCCUCUCUGAUUGGCUGAGGUGUGCUGGGCUGGAACCUUAUUGGUCAGCGCAGCUGCUGUGUCACCCAGCUUCAGAGAGUCCAGAGCGGUUAGCACGUAGCUGUGACAGGAUUGUAGCUAUGGUUGCUAGGUGACACACACACAGAGACACGUGGUGUGUGUGUGAGUACCUGUGUCCUAGUGAAGGGGUGUGUGUGUGUAUGGGAGGGCCUAUGUCCUAGUGAAGUGUGUGUCAGGGUAUGUGUGUGUGUGUGUGAGGGCCCAGGGUCCUAGUGGAGUGUUUCCAAAGAAUGAUGCCAAAGCCAGCCUUCCACCGGACACUGGGUCCUUCACAUACUCCCUGAGAUGCUUAUAACACACUCACACACACACACACAUACACACGCUGACCACCCUCUCUUGUCGAACACACAGUUCCUCUCCAUUUUCUUUUUCUAAAUAGCUUCAGGCCAAAGGAUCACUGCGGUGGCAGCAAAGGCUUCUCAGCAACAUAGAAAUCAACCAAAGAAUCUCUUACAACCUCUCUCACUCUUCCCCCCAUCUCUCUCCCUCUCUCUCUUCCCCUAUCUCUCUCUCUCUCUUCCCCAUCUCUCUCUCUCUUUACCACUCCUCUCUUUCCCUGGUCUAUCCAUCCCUUGUCACCUAGCUACCUAUCUUUAAAAACUUACACCUCAGUUAAACAAAUGGAAAUUAUAAUAAUAAUAGUAAUAAUAAUAAUUAUAAUUAUACUAAUAACAAUAAUGAUAACAACAAAAAUGCUGAUGAAGAUGGUGAUGAUGAAAUGUAUAUGUUUAAUUCUUUGUCAUGAGGAUUAUGGUGGUGAUGAUGAUUAGGAUGAUGAAGAUGAGGAUUAUGGUGAUGAUGAUUAGGAUGAUGAAGAUUAGGAUUAUGGUGAUGAUGAUGAUGAUAAUGAAAAGUUUAGUCUUUGUACACUGUGGUUGUUUAGUUGGUUUCAUUUGUGCUGCCAAAGCAUUACUAAGCUGUACCAAAAUAUCUGUGUGUGUGUGUAUGUGUGUGUGUGAGUGUGUGUGGAGACAGCACAGGCUUUUGAUGUGUCUACCUUUCAAACCAAAACUAGACGAGAAGAACUGAACUGGUCUUUGGCUUGGUCACUGUACAGUGUUAUUCAUCUCAAGCCAUUUUUGUAACUGAAAGUGUUUCAUUUGUCUGAUUAAAUACAGGAUUCCAAAACACA